AUGGCCAUCCCUGAGCUUGUUUGCAUCUACUCUGCCCUCAUCCUUCACAACGAUGAGGUUACAGUCAUGGAGGAUAAAAUCAAUGCCCUCAUUAAAUCAGCAGGUGUAGACAUUGAACCAUUCUGGCCUGGAUUAUUUGCAAAGGCCCUGUCCAAUGUAAACAUUACAAGUCUCAUCUGCAAUGUAGGAGUUGGUGGACCUCUCCCAGCAGCUGGUGGUGCUGCCCCUGCUGGAGGGGCUGCUCCUGCUGAGAAGAAGAAAGAGGAAGCAAAAAAAGAAGAAUCCGAGGAGUCCAAUGAUGACAGGGGCUUUGGUCUGUUUGACUAA